AUGACGUCGGCCAGAGAUAUCCGUCCUCGCAGCGACGAGCUGCCCCUGCACUUGUCGACUUCUCCCUCCGCCUCUUUCCAUUCACCUUCCAGUCACACCUCCGCUCUCAAUCGCACAAAUUCCGCCGUCAAUGCUAAGCACUUGAAGCCCUUUGCCACUGAGGACAUCAAGGUCUUGCUCCUCGAGAAUGUCAAUCAGGCCGGCCGUGAUAUCCUAAAGAAGCAGGGUUACCAGGUGGAAUUCCUCAAGUCCUCUCUGCCCGAGGACCAAUUGAUCGAGAAGAUUCGCGACGUGCAUGUGAUUGGUAUCCGCUCCAAGACAAAGCUGUCCGCACGAGUCCUCAAGGAGGCCAAGAACCUGAUCGUCAUUGGAUGUUUCUGUAUCGGAACCAACCAGGUUGAUCUUCAAUAUGCCGCCGAGCAGGGUAUCGCGGUCUUCAACUCCCCCUUCAGCAACUCUCGCAGUGUCGCUGAGUUGGUCAUUGGGGAGAUCAUCUGUCUGGCCCGUCAGUUGUGCGAUCGUUCCAGCGAAAUGCACAACGGCACCUGGAACAAGGUCAGCAACAAGUGCUGGGAGAUUCGUGGCAAGACCCUCGGGAUUGUGGGGUACGGUCACAUCGGUGCGCAAUUGUCUGUUCUGGCAGAGUCCAUGGGCAUGUCAGUCAUCUAUUACGAUGUGCUCAACUUGAUGUCCCUGGGUACGGCUCGCCAGGUCGGCUCUCUGGAGGAGCUUCUGGGCCAGGCCGACUUUGUCACCUGUCACGUCCCCGAGCUGCCCGAGACUAAGGGCAUGUUCGGCCAGCAGCAGUUCGAACAGAUGAAGCAGGGCAGCUACCUCAUCAAUGCCAGCCGUGGUACCGUGGUGGAUAUCCCCGCGCUGAUCGAGGCCAUGCGCAGCGGCAAAGUGGCCGGUGCCGCGUUGGACGUGUACCCCAACGAGCCCGCCGGUAACGGUGAUUACUUCAACAACGACCUGAACUCUUGGGGUACCGAUCUCCGUGCACUCAAGAAUUUGAUCUUGACCCCCCACAUUGGAGGUUCCACCGAGGAGGCCCAGAGUGCCAUCGGCGUGGAGGUGGCCACGGCACUGACCCGUUACGUCAACGAGGGAUCUACCCAGGGUGCCGUAAACAUGCCCGAAGUGUCUUUGCGUUCCUUGACCAUUGACGAGCCCAGCCAUGCUCGGGUGGUGUAUAUUCACAAGAACAUUCCCGGUGUGUUGCGCAGAGUCAACGAGAUUCUCGGUGACCACAACGUCGACAAGCAGAUGACCGAUAGCCGAGGCGACGUUGCCUAUUUGAUGGCCGAUAUCAGCGACGUCAACACCACGCAGAUCAAGGAACUCUACUCCAGCCUCGAGAGCCUAAAUUCUCGUAUCAUGACCCGCAUCCUUUACUAG